AUGCAAGAUAAGAUGCAGGAACAGGUUGAUAAAAUCCAACAAAACGCGCUGGAAUCCCAAAGAAUUAUGAGCCAACUGGCACAAUUAUUGGCUGAUAAAGGAAAGGGCCCUGCCAUUAGUUCGGGAGUUGAUCAGGAGGACCCUGUUUAUCCUCUCGGUUUUUCCCGAACGAGCACUCAGAUAGGCUCGGGUUCUAACCCAGGGGAUAAUCUGGCUAACCCUGUCGUACCUAAUCUGAACGAUGUGGCGGAAGCAGAAAAGGCAAGAGUAGAUUUACCGAAACAACUUGAAGAUAGGUGUAGGUGGUUGGAAGUAAAGUUCAGAGCAAUGAAAAUUGCUGAUUACCGUUGCAAGAUCAAUGACUUGAGUUUGGUCCCUGACUUAGUUUUUCUGCGUAAGUUUAAAAUGCCCAAAUUCGAGAAGUACAAUGGAACUAGUUGCCCCGAAGCCCAUAUCACCAUGUUCUGUCGGAGGAUGACGGGAUAUAUUGACAAUGAUCAAUUAUUAAUUCACUGUUUCCAAGACAGUCUGAUAGAAGCUGCUGCCAAAUGGUACAAUCAGCUGAGUCGUACCCAAAUUAGUUCUUGGAAAGAUUUGGCACAAGCCUUUAUGAGACAGUAUAGCCAUGUAGCUGAUAUGACGCCUGAUAGAAUCACAUUAAAAAACAUGGAGAAGAAACAAAAUGAAAGCUUCAGGCAGUAUGCCCAGAGGUGGAGGGGGGCAACUCAAGUUCAGCCGCCUCUACUGGAAAAAGAAACCACAAUGCUCUUUAUCAAUACUUUGAAGGCCCCAUUCAUCAAUCAUAUGUUAGGAAGUGCCACUAAAAGUUUCUCAGACAUAGUGAUGACUGGUGAAAUGGUAAAAAAUGCAGUAAAAAGUGGUAAAAUAGAUGCGGGGGAAAAUUCUAGAAGGCCGAGCUCAAGGAAGAAGGAAGGUGAGAUAAAUAAUGUGAAUACAUACAACAAAGGAUAUUCAAAGUCUGUCACCGUUGGCACACCAAAGACAGUAGCUACCAAUCAUCAGGGCCCUCCGAGGCAGGAGUCUAAUUCGAAGUCAGAAAGACCUCAGUUUACACCUAUACCGAUAACAUACAAGGAGCUGAUAGCAAAAAGGUUCCUUGGAAUUAUGACUGCAAAUGUGACAAUUCCAGGAAAAGAGAGCUUGGUAAAUGCUUCAGAAGAGGAAGAAGGAUUCUAUACACAAAGUGGAAAACGCUAUGAUCCAGCAAAUGCGAGAGUGGAAUCUGGAAAAGAAAAAGCCUUAGCAGCUGAGUUGGGAAAAGCAAAAACAGACAAAAUUGAAUCGCAUGUCAGUCGGCCGGUAACUGAAAAUGAGGCUAGAGAAUUUCUAAAAUUCUUGAAACAUAGCGAGUACAGUGUGGUAGAACAAUUACAUAAACAAUCGGCUCGUAUCUCUGUGUUUGAGUUGCUUAUAAGUUCAGGGAUACAUCGUAAUGCGUUGAUUAAUGUGCUAAAUGAAACUUAUGUCACUAACGAUAUCUCAGUGAAUAAGUUGGACCACUUGGUUAACAAUAUCAGUGCCGACAAUUUCAUUUUCUUUAAUGAUGAUGAAAUACCGCCGGGGGGAAGAGGAGCCAUCAAAGCAUUACAUAUCACUGCUCGCUGCGGGGAGUGUAUGUUAGCGGGAGUGCUAAUUGAUAAUGGAUCAGCCUUAAACGUUUUACCCCUGUCUACCUUAAAAAGGUUACCAGUGGAUAGCUCUCACAUGAAAUCAUGUCAGAACAUAGUGAGAGCAUUUGAUGGUACCGAAAGGAAGGUGAUGGGAAGAAUAGAAAUACCCCUCUUGAUUGGCCCAAAUACAUAUGAGGUGGAUUUCUUAGUAAUGGAUAUCAAGCCUUCGUAUAACUGCUUGUUGGGAAGACUCUGGAUUCAUUCAGCAAGAGCGGUGCCUUCAUCAUUGCACCAGAAGUUGAAAUUGGUAACAGAAGGCCGAUUAAUUACGAUUGACGCUGAGGAAGAUAUCAUUGUAUCGGUAACCAGCGAUGCACCAUAUUUGGGAACAGAUGAUGAGACUUUUGUAUCGAGAGGAACCAUGUAUUCUGGAUUGAGGACUCCAAGAAGGAAGAUCACAGAGGAAAUGCUAGGAAACUUGAACAUCAAUGCCAUAUUUGAAGAAAAAUCUGAAGAAGGAAAUACGUCAGGCAUUUAUCCCGUUGAACCUGGAAGUGUUUUAAACAAUUGGACUACAGAAGAAAUGCCUGAAGUUUUUAGAGCUUUUUCAGAGUCCCAAGAUAUCAAUGACAUGAGUGACUCUACUAUGGACUCAGAAAAUCCUUUCGAACGAGAUAUGUGUUUAGAGGAAUCUCAAGAUUUUGAAGAUAACAUAGAUUGCAACCUAUCUCCGGACUUACUGAGGAUGGUAGAGCAGGAAGAGAAACAAAUCUUACCUCAUGAGGAGACGAUAGAGACGGUGAUCCUGGAAGAGGGAAAGGUGGUAAAGAUUGGCACGUGCAUAGCUGAAAAAGUAAAACAAGACCUCAUUGAAUUGCUUCGAGAGUUCAAAGAUGUCUUCGCAUGGUCAUACCAAGAUAUGCCGGGGUUAAGUACUGACAUUGUAGUUCACCAACUUCCUAUAAAGGAAGAUUGCAAACCAGUUCAGCAAAAACUCCGAAAAAUGAGGCCUGAUGUUGUAUUAAAAAUAAAAGAGGAGGUGCAAAAGCAAUUCGACGCUGGAUUCCUGCAAGUGGUCAAAUACUUUGAGUGGGUAGCCAAUAUCGUUCCUGUCCCUAAGAAAGAUGGGAAGGUACGAAUGUGUGUAGAUUAUAGAGAUUUAAAUAAGGCUAGCCCAAAAGAUAACGUUCCCUUGCCGCACAUCGACGCCUUGGUAGACAAUACAGCGGAGCAUUCACUGUUUUCUUUCAUGGAUGGUUUCUCUGGAUAUAACCAAAUUAAGAUGCAUCCUGAGGGUAUGAAGAAAACAACAUUCAUAACCCUAUGGGGAACCUUUUGCUAUAAAGUGAUGCCAUUUGGAUUGAAAAAUGCGGGAGCCACAUACCAAAGAGCUAUGGUGACCCUUUUCCAUGAUAUGAUGCAUGAGGAUAUUGAAGUAUAUGUUGACGACAUGAUCGCAAAAUCCCAGACUGAAAAAGAACAUGUGCAGGUCUUAAGAAAGUUGUUCUUAAGAUUAAGAAAGUUCCAACUCAAACUCAAUCUGGCCAAAUGUAUCUUUGGAGCUAGGUCGGGGAAACUUCUGGGGUUUGUAGUCAGUGAAAAAGGGACUGAAAUUGACCCGGACAAAGUUAGGGCAAUUCGAGAUUUGCCUCCACCACGUACUCAGAAAGAAGUUAGAGGUUUCUUAGGAAGGCUGAACUAUAUUGCUCGGUUUAUUUCACAAUUGACUGAAAAAUGCGACCCCAUAUUUCAUCUUUUGAAAAAGCACAAUCCAGAUGUAUGGAAUGAAGAAUGCCAGGAGGCUUUUGAUAAGAUAAAACAGUACUUGUCCAAUACUCCAAUAUUGUCGCCACCAAGGCUAGAUAAACCAUUGAUCAUGUAUCUAACAAUGUUUGACAAUUCCAUAGGAUGUGUGCUUGGUCAACAUGAUGAGACGGGAAGGAAAGAGAAGGCGAUUUAUUAUCUUAGUAAGAAAUUUACUGACUGUGAAGUGAGGUAUUCGCUUAUUGAAAAAUUAUGCUGUGCUCUAGUCUGGACGACGCGAAGAUUGAGACAAUACAUGCUCUAUCAUAUGACUUGGUUAAUUUCAAAGUUAGACCCUUUAAAGUAUAUGAUGGAGUCGACUGCGUUGAAUGGGAGGAUGGCUAGGUGGCAGAUUCUACUCUCCGAAUUUGACAUAGUCUAUGUAAAUCAGAAGGCUGUUAAAGGAAGUGCGAUAGCAGAAUUUUUGGCCAGCAGAGCUUUAGAAGACUAUGAACCCCUGAAUUUUGAUUUCCCGAAUGAAGAUUUGAUGUAUGUUGCAACCGAUGAAGAGGAUUCCCAUGAAAAUCACCCUUGGAAGCUAAGCUUUGACGGAGCUUCAAAUGCUAUAGGCAAUGGAGUUGGGGCAGUCCUCGUGUCCCCUAGUGGAGAUCAUUAUCCUUUCACUAGCAAAUUGGAUUUUGAUUGUACCAAUAACAUGGUUGAGUAUGAUGCUUGCAUUAUGGGCAUCCGGGUAGCUUUAGAGCGAAAAACUAAGAUGCUAGAGGUAUACAGAGAUUCUGCAUUAGUAAUUUACCAGCUCAAAGGGGAAUGGGAAACGAGAGACCCGAAGUUAGUCCGCUAUCGAAAAUUGGUUUUAGAAUUGAUUAAGGAGUUUGAUAGUGCCACCUUGUGUUAUCUCCCACGAGAUGAAAACCAGAUGGCAGAUGCUUUGGCCACUCUAGCCUCUAUGAUCAAAGUGAACAAAACAGAAGAUGUGAAGCCUAUUCAGAUCAGCAUUCAUGAGGCUCCAGCCUAUUGUUGCAACAUUGGCGAUAAAAAGGAAAAGGAUAAUCACCCCCGGUAUCAUGACAUAUUACGAUAUGUAAGGUGUCGUGAGUACCCCGACCAUGCGACAGAGAAUGAUAAGAGGACAUUAAGGAGAUUAGCAAUUGAUUAUGUCCUAGAUGGGGAGAUUUUGUAUACAAAGGGAAAGGAUCAAGUAUUGUUGAGAUGUGUGGAUGCUGUCGAGGCAAAAAAAUUUUUGGAAGAACUGUAUGAAGGUAUCUGUGGAACGCAUGCUAACGGUUUCACGAUGGACAUAUUAAUUAUGAGAUUUGGGUACUAUUGGUCCACCAUGGAAGGGGAUUGCAUUAGUUACGCCAAAAAAUGCCAUAAAUGUCAAAUUUAUGGUGACAAAAUGCAUGCACCACCUACACCCCUUCACGUUAUGGUUUCUCCAUGUUCGUUCUCCAUGUAG